UGCUAUUGGCUGUAGGACGGAGCCACAAUGGCCGUGUUUGGCGCUGCAGCUCCCAGUAGCGUUAGCACAGGAUAUCACGACAUAUUACACUCACAUACUUUUUCUCUCUGACUUUAGAGACACUGUGUGGUCUGUGUGACGAAAAAGACGCUGAUUUUUACUGGAAUUUAAUUAAACCCAGUUAGUUUCGUGGCGGUGAAUCAUGGAAAUCCUGUCGGUCCGGCCGUCCGGUGUGUGCGAGACCGGCUGAGGGUGGAGUGGCUGAGAUCGGACCUAACGUGAGCACGUUUCUGGAGUAUCGCUCGAGAGGACCUGUGUGCAGGUUCACACCGCACUCGACAGAGUGGAGCUUCCUCACCCAUGGAGAAUUACUUCCAGGCUGAAGCCUUUAACCUGGACAAAGUGCUGGACGAGUUCGAGCAGAACGAAGAUGAAACCGACGCCCCGACGCUUACCGACGCCAAGUGGACUCAGAUCCUCGCUCCACCAGCUCACCUCUUAUCCCUGAACCCUGCCUUGACUCGCGCCGAUCUCAGUCCACGAGACGGCCCUCUUAACUUCAAACCUCUUCUAGAACCCUUGAGUUCUGGAAGCUCUUCUGUAUUGAACGUAUCUGCAUCUGACGUGAAGCAGGAAUCGGAAACGUGGAGCGAAGAAAAGCCAGCAGAGAUCCACAGCCCUCCUUUGCUCCAGCCCAACAUCGGGAAGCUGGUCAGCACCGAAAGUCAAGUGCCGGAUUCUCCUCCUGCCACCAGGACUUCGAUUGAGAACGGGUGUCCAUCCAAAUUGGAGUGCAACGGGGUUAGGAAGGUUUCCCAGACCAGAGAUGAUCCGAAUCCUCCUCCUACAGAUCCACCCAGCAUCCUGGACUCGUGUGCUUUUCAACAAGGACAACAGCAUAAUGAUGUCGCUAAGCAGAACAACACCUAUUUUAAUGAUGCAGACUUUUCAAAUCCUAAGGAAGGGCUCGGCCAAGGGGUGUCGAGCUUGAACAAUGGUGCAUCGUUUAUCGAGAUGGAGUCUGGGGGCAUCGGGGAAAUGGACGACACGGACAAUCAUUUUACUCUUCCGAAAGGGGGCAAUUCUGAGAAAGGGGAGAAUGUCCUGCAAGAACCUGGUAACGACGCUCAGAAUUCUGUAGUCGACCUCGAGUGUCGUACUACAGGCGGUGUUCCGAACGGUACCGUCCUCAAGGCAGAAAGCGUCGAGCAAGACAAAUCGGUCAUAAAAGAGAAAGAAAUUACGAAUAUGGAUUCACCAGAGAAUGCGAGAGCUCAUCCCAACGGUCUGGGUGAAGAAAGCGAAAGAGAUCGCCCGAUCCAACGUCCUCCAGCACUUUUAAAGGAAGACUCGAUAACCGAGGAGAAGGAGAUGGAGGAGAGCAAACAGGAAUCCUGUGAGCCUAACCGAGGUGAAAGUGUGAAACUCAACAACAGUCGAAUGCAACUGGUCAGCGUUCCCUACGGUGGUGCAAGGCCCAAACAGCCCGUCAACCUAAAGCUGGAAAUUCCUCGAGCUUUCUCAGGUCAAGUCCAAAAUGAACUUGGCUCCACCGGUAGGAACAAGAACCUGGAGGCCCAGUGCAGGACAGGUUGCCUCGAGUCGUCCGGUGGGGGAACAGAAUCUAAGGCUGCUCGAGUCAACGGAGACAGUGGAAACGGUUCCUCAGGCUUGCCCGUUCCCUCUGAGAACCCUGACAAUGAUCUCCAGGCAGGUCAGCAGGGAGCCCUCGAAAGGAAACCCUCCACCUCUCUUGGUGAAGUGGCUCCUGUGUGGGUGCCAGACUCUCAAGCACCCGUCUGCAUGAAGUGUGAAGUCAGGUUCACCUUCACAAAGAGAAGGCACCACUGUCGAGCCUGCGGCAAGGUUUUCUGCGCUGCGUGCUGCAGUCUGAAGUGCAGGCUGAUGUACAUGGACAGGAAGGAGGCUCGUGUCUGCGUUACGUGUCACCGCACUUUAAUCAGUGCUCAGGUGUGUGAGAGCGCUGGGAACAGCUCCAGUCCCAACCCCAACAACCCGGCCGAGUACUGCUCCACCAUCCCCCCUCUGCAGCAGGCCCAGGCGUCCGGCACACUCAGCUCUCCACCUCCCACCGUCAUGGUGCCUGUCGGCGUCCUCAAACAACUGGGCACUGAGGGUCCUCUGUCCCGGGAGCAGAGAAGAGUUUGGUUUUCUGAUGGGAUUUUACCGAACGGAGAAACCACAGAUUCCUCUAAAGGAACGGCUCCGAACCAGAACUCAAACCCCGUCCAACCUCCAGCUGUGUCCCAAAUCUCAAACAAGUCCAAUACCAGCACUCACGAGGCGGCUCGUGCUCCCGGAGCUCCGGUGGGAAGCUCGGUCAGUCUCAUCCCAGAGGACGGACUUCCUCCCAUCCUCAUCUCCACCGGAGUUAAAGGAGGUACGGGAGGCCACAUCGCAGAUUACGCCGUGGAGGAGAAGCCAUCAGAAGUCCUGCUCCUUCAGCAGCUAGAGGAAGGAGGUCCUGAGCCAUUGGUGUUUGUGCUCAACGCUAAUCUGCUAGCCAUGGUUAAGCUCGUCAACUAUGUAAACAGGAAGUGCUGGUACGUGAUGUCGAAGGGCAUGCACGCCGUGGGCCAGGCCGAGGUGGUGGUGCUGCUGCAGUGCCUCCCUGAUGAGAAGAGCAUCCCGAAAGACAUCUUCAGCCAUUUUGUGCAGCUUUAUCAGGAAGCUCUCGCAGGUAAUGUCCUGAGCCACCUGAGCCACUCGUUCUUCACACAGAGUUUCCUGGGCAGUAAGGAGCAUGGUGGGUUCCUCUACAUCACCCCGACCUUCCAGUCUCUUCAGGACCUCCUGCUGCCCAACCCGCCCUUCCUGUUCGGGGUCUUGGUGCAGAAGUGGGAGACGCCGUGGGCAAAAGUCUUCCCCAUCCGCCUCAUGCUGCGCCUCGGAGCCGAGUACCGCUUUUAUCCCUGUCCCCUGUUCAGCGUGCGCUUCAGAAAGCCUCUUUUUGGAGAAACAGGCCACACCAUCAUCAACCUGCUGGCGGACUUCAGGAACUUCCAGUACACAUUACCAGUGGUCCCAGGUUUGGUGGUGGACAUGGAAGUGAGAAAAACCUGCAUUAAAAUCCCCAGUAACCGCUAUAACGAGCUCAUGAAGGCCAUGAACAAGUCGAACGAGCACGUGUUGGCGAUGGGGGCGUGUUUUAACCAGCAGGCCGACUCGCACCUCGUGUGUGUACAGAACGAUGAUGGGAACUACCAGACGCAGGCCAUCAGCAUCCAUCACCAACCUCGCAAAGUAACAGGAGCGAGUUUCUUCGUCUUCAGUGGAGCGCUGAAGGCCUCGUCUGGGUUUUUGGCCAAAACCAGUAUUGUGGAAGAUGGCGUGAUGGUGCAGAUCACUGCAGAGACAAUGGAGGCCCUGCGCCAGGCUCUGAGAGAGAUGAAGGACUUCACCAUCGUGUGCGGAAAAGCCGAUCAGGAGGAGACGCAGGAGAACGUUCACAUCCAGUGGACGGAGGACGACUUGCAUUUCAACAAGGGGGUCGUCAGUCCGAUCGAUGGGAAAUCAAUGGAGUCCAUAACAAGUGUAAAGAUUUUUCAUGGGUCUGAGUACAAAGCCAAUGGGAAGGUGAUCCGCUGGACCGAGGUGUUUUUUCUCCAGAGUGAGGAGCAGCCUAACGGGGACCCUGCAGAUCACAGUCGGCUGACGGAGAACGUAGCUCGAGCCUUCUGCAUGGCUCUGUGUCCUCAUCUCAAGCUGCUGAAAGAGGACGGCAUGGCCAAGCUGGGGCUCCGCGUCACACUCGACUCAGAUCAGGUGGGCUACCUGGCCGGCAGUAACGGUCAGCACUUGCUUCCUCAGUACCUGAGUGAUUUAGACAGCGCUCUGAUCCCGGUGAUCCACAGUGGGGCGUGUCAGCUGACUGAGGGUCCCGUAGUCAUGGAGCUCAUCUUCUACAUCCUGGAGAUCAUCUCUUAAAGGAGCUUCUGAAAUUGAAAUCAACCUCCUCUCUCUCUCUCUCUCUCUCUCUCUCUCUCUCUCUCUCUCUCUCUCUCUCUUUCAUUUGCACUUCAAAGAACACUAUGCUGCAAAAUUUCAGACAGGAAGCAGCAGCAGCAGCAACGGCGGCGUUCCAGCAGAUCAUCUAUGCACCAUUUUUACAUAUGAACCAUCUCCAAACAUCUCCACUGGAGCCCGAGGUUCCAACAGUCUCAGAGUUUUGGUGCUUUUUUUGUUUCUCCUUCACUGUGGAAAUCUAGUAAUGCUGCUGGGAGCAGGAAAAAAAAAAGAGAGAGAGAGAAAAGAGAAAAUGUUCGGAGGCCUUUGAUCUUGAAGGAUGGACGCUGAGGGUAUCUGAAUGUUCUGGAUUGUCUGAGGAACUCUGAAGUGCAGAACAUUUGAGAAACCAAAACGUCUUUUGAUAACCAAUGAAACUGAGAGGAUUUAGGAUUUAAAAUGUCAGCAGGAUCCAAAAAUGAUUUCAUACUGAAAGUAUUUAACACUAAAAAAUGUUUGUAUAUGAAUCCAGUCACAGGAUUCUAGAUUUCCAUCCAGCUGAAGAAAGAGUUCUGCUGCAGCAUCUGUGGUGAGAUGUUUGUACAAAGUCUCCAAACUUUUAAAACGGGGAGGGAAAAAAAAAAAAAGAUUUGCGGUAAUGCUGUGCAGCUCUUAUUAGGUCCUGUUUACAUUUUUCUGGCUUGGAUAUUAGCUCCGCCCCCAAGUUGGAACAUCUCUGCAACCCCCCCCCCCCCCCCCAAACGUCCUUUCAUUUACACGGGGUUUGAUGCGUAUGAUGAGGUAUAUAUCGUUUGAAUGCUGAUAUUGUAAUUGUGCUUCACUUUACAGACAGUAGGGGGCAGCAGAGGCACUAACGAUAACAAACCGCACCUUUAAUUUCAUGCUAGCACUUCACCGUAUAACAACCAGCUUGUCAUGUGGAUAAUUUGGGGCUUGGGUAAAUUGAACAGUAAACAAUUUUUUUUUUAUUGCAACCGUUGUAAUGUUUCCUGAAGGCGGAGUUUAAGUUCAAAUUGAUAGCUCGAUUGUAAACAAGAUCGUAUGACCGUCGCUAGUCCUUUUUCUUUACAACCCGACGUUGCUUCUUGGUUAGCGUUAAAAAGCUACUGGUUUCGGUCACACUGUGCAUCAGCGUUAGCAUUACUUCAGGUUAGCAUGUUUCCAAAGCUAGCCGUUGUUUGCUUUGUUAUGUAGCUAUAGUAAAAAUAAAACUAGUAUCUGGUGAGGGUCAAAUGAACAAGCCUACAAUCGGCUGAUCGGAUUGAACUUAAGCUCCGCCCCCGUUCGUUCAAACGCAACGUCUCAAAUCCACCUCGUUUCAUUGGUUCGUGCGCUUAACCAAUCAGAAGCUGUUCUGUGUGAGGGCGGGGCCUAUAAACAGGAUGUCCUGCUCGUACUAUAAGCUUUAAUCACCAGAUGCUUUACUUUAACAGUAUAAACCCUGUCUUUGUUUUUUUUUCUCUGUAAGUAAAAUUCAUCCAAAGCUGAAGCGACGUAGCUUUCCAGGCCGAAGCUUCGGAUGAUGCGUCUUAUAGAGACGCACGUGGGUGACUGUUACACAACCAGCAUUACACAAGGGGACUGCAAUUUAAACCCCAAACCGUGUUUAACUUCCACUCGUCCGCUUCCCCUCGCAAUGAGAAAUAAUAAGAUUGGAUCUAAAUGCAUUUUAAUCUGCUGAUCUGCUACGAGCUUCAGAUCCAAAUCUGUUCAUCUCUUCCCGUCCACCUAAUUAGCGAACCUGCUAACCAGCUAGUAUACUAUUAGUAUAACCAGCUAGUAUACUAUUAGUAUAACCAGCUAGUAUAAUACUACUAGCCCAAACAUGUUCACCAGUGAUUUUGUUCGUGGGUAAGGGAAGGUUUGGACGUCUUCCAGGGUGCGUUAAAAACUGGGAGUGGGUGGGUGGAUGGAUGGAUGGAUGGAUGGAUGGAUGGAUGGAUGGAUGGAUAAAAGGUUGAAUGAAAAGGUGAGAUGAUAAAAUUGCAGGUCAACUUGUCUGAGCAUCAUGUGAUUUGAAGCGAACUGUAAAUCCCCCUUCAUCAGAAGAAGAGAAAAUAAAAAAUAAAGACUUUUAAUUUGUAAAGAACCGCACUGGGAAUAAAGCCAUCGUACAGAAGCUGAGGCGGAGACGAGGCUCUGAGGUCACGUGAUCAUCAGAAGAACUGUGUGUCAUGACUUUAUCUAACUGCACUCUAAUGAUCUUAUGUCGCUUUGCUCCGAUUGGUUACGACACGUUUAGCGGUCGAUAAAGGAAUCAAAACUAAAAUUCCGACAAAGAAACGCUACGUUAGAAACUUUAUAGUAUUUACAGUUGAACGGAAGUUUAUGGGUAAAAUAAAGAGGGUCGAUCAGAAUCAAGUAUUAGAACCUGACGGUAUUUAUGUUGAAUGAACACGAAUGGUUUUGUUUCAGAACUCGACGUGAACGACGUGUCACGUCACGACAUUUCAGAUCAUGUUACUUUAUCUGCUUUACUUUCGUUUGCUUUCGUGCACAAACCUGUGAACCCGAUAAUCCGAUCUGGAAUGUUUUGAACCUCGUCGCCGAGCAAUCGGCUGCGUUACGGAAACACGUGUUGAGAUGAUUUUAGUGCAGCACUUAACACUACGACGUAACUGUCACACCGUUAGUCUCCCUCUUUUCUUGGUCACCGUGUUAUGUACCUUCAUCUGUUUGAAGUCUUGUGUUGUUUUUAUUUCUUGUUCACGAAGCUCUCGGCUGAUUUUAAACUGCAUGCGUGAUGAACCUGGAGCCUUGAAAUAUUGUUCGGUGACACGAUACACACUCAGUAGAAAGUGUUUGUAUACGCAGUGUGUGGUGUGAGACGAGGCGAGACGAGACGAAAUCUUCAGUACUGACGUGGGUCAAAAAGAUUCAGAUGUAAAUGCAAGAAGCCAAAAAGAAGCUUUAACCUGCUCCAUGUGUGUCUUUUUUUUUGUCAAUAAAACUGAGACUUUAUGAAAGUUGUAUUAUAUGUAAAAUAAAACCCUUCUGAACUUGUG